GCGCGCGCCGCCGUUCAUUGUGCUCGGCCGGUGCCGCCUCCCGCUGCCGCUGCCGGCGGGGGGGGCCCCGCUCCCGCCCCUUCGCGCCGGUCUGGGGGGGCCACUGCUCCGAGCGCCAGCCGGGGGUUGGGGGGCUGCCCAGCCCCGCAGCCAUCCCGGAGGAGGGCUGCUUUGCACUGAGCCCCGCUGCACCCAUCCUAGGGAAGGGAAGGGGAGGGGAGGGGAGGGGGGGUGUGUGUGCGCCUAUUCUGGCCCGAGGGUGGCUCAGCACCCAUCCCGGGGGGGGUGUGCGCCGCGCGGGGAGGGUUCAGCACCCAUCCCCCGAGCGGGGCUGCUUUGCGCCCAACCCCGCUGCACCUCUCCCGGGGAGCUGCGCUGCCGCCGGGUGGGUGGCUAGCACCCAUCCCCGGGGGAGCGGGUUGCUUUGCACCCAUCCCCGGGGGGGGCUGCACCGCGCCGGGGGGCUGCACCGCACCUUCCCCCCCCCCCCCCCUCCCGGAGGUGUGGGGGGCUGCGCCGCACCCAGCCCCGCUCUCCCCAUCGUGGGGCGACGCGGGGGCUGCCAGCCUUCUCCCGUCGCGGGUGACCGGCUCCUGGCUCCCGCCUCGUUUUAUGGUCGUGGAGAGGGAGGAAAAAUCCCAAACCAGCUGCGUAAAUGAGUAUGGAAGAUUAUGAUUUCCUCUUCAAAAUUGUUUUGAUCGGCAACGCCGGUGUGGGGAAGACCUGCUUAGUCCGUCGCUUCACUCAGGGGCUUUUCCCACCAGGUCAAGGAGCCACGAUUGGGGUUGACUUUAUGAUUAAAACUGUGGAGAUAAAUGGUGAAAAAGUAAAGCUGCAGAUCUGGGACACUGCAGGACAAGAGCGAUUCCGAUCCAUCACGCAGAGUUACUAUCGCAGCGCUAACGCGUUAAUCUUGACCUACGACAUCACCUGCGAGGAAUCCUUCCGGUGUCUCCCUGAGUGGCUGCGAGAAAUCGAGCAGUAUGCCAGCAAUAAGGUCAUAACCGUGCUAGUGGGUAAUAAGAUUGAUUUAGCUGAUAAGAGGGAAGUCUCCCAGCAAAGAGCUGCAGAGUUUUCUGAAGCACAGGACAUGUACUAUCUGGAAACCUCAGCAAAAGAAUCGGAUAAUGUGGAAAAACUCUUCCUGGACUUGGCCUGCCGGUUGAUCAGCGAGGCACGACAGAACACCCUUGUGAACAAUGUCUCAUCCCCCUUACCAGGAGAGGGGAAAAGUAUCAGCUACUUGACUUGCUGUAAUUUUAAUUAAAGAGCUGGCAGGUGAUUUCCCCUUCUACCAUGGGCCAAGAGGAUUUUUUUUUUUUGUUGCUGGGAUUUAUCUGCUUGAGGAGAAUUCCUGCCACUUUGACCCAUCUGACUUACUGUGAGUCAGGUUGCAGACCUGGAAGCAUGGCAGGCUGAUGGUUAUGGUUCCAGAUGCAUGGCAACAUAGCAGAAUAUAACAUGGUUUAAAUGUCAUUUUUCUUGCAGUCUCUGGAGUGGGGUAGGAAAAGAAGAGUUGCACAAGUGCUUCAUGUAAUGCAGAACUUGAGCUAUUGCAUUUCCUUCUAUGAGAGACUAGAGCAGCCUCACUUGAAGACACUGAAGAGAUCAAAAUCUCUCUUAUAGAGCAAUGUGUUUGGUCCUUUUUAAAAUAAAUAACAAGAAAAAAACAAUGAACACUGACCCUGGACUACACUGGCAAUCUUCUGGGGUGCCAGCAAGUGAGCUCUUAGGACAUGUACAUAUCAUCUUCCUGUGCAUCUUCAUGGACGACUCUGAUGUUUGAAAUGGUGUUAUGUCUCUCAUCCACUGGCACUUUCUCAUAAACAUGACAUUAAAAAAAAGAAAGCUACAUAUAUCAGCAUUUUCAAGAUGUAAGAAGACAUGGAUACAGCUCCGUUGCUCCCUUUGGUGCUAGCAGUUCAGCAAAUACUCCAUAGACCAAAUGUAGUCUUACUACAUUACUGUCCUCUGAAUGUGUAACUUAGACUGGUUAGGAAAAAAACACUAAUAAGCACUGUUCAUAAAAAUAAAAAAAUCUUGUUACCUCUUUUUCUAAGCCUGAACGUAGUGGGAAAGUACUGUGCUUCUUUGAUAUCCAACACAGGAUGAAAAGACUUUCCAGAAAUAAAUAAAUAACUAAAAAUAAUAA